AUGAACAACACAGAAUCAGACAAGGAGGAGGAUAAUCUCCAACCAUCAUCUACAACUUCUCAGGUCUUCAAUGAUUCUGUUAGGUCACAAGAAGAAACUAAGGAAACAGAGGAAACAAAACAGCAGGUGAACAGAAGUACAGAUAGUUAUUGUCCUCCACAAGGUUCACUCAAUAGAACAAUUACAGAUGGUGUUGCACUCCUUGUAUUAUGGGUUCUACUCUGGUCCCUCAUAGGCCAAGAAGUUCUCCCUGGUGGAAAUUUGUUUGGACUUGUAGUUAUUUUUUACAGUGCCUUUCUUGGGGGGAAGGUUUUAGAAGUCGUUAGAAUUCCCGUAGUGCCUCCCCUUCCACCUCUUCUUGGGAUGUUACUGGCUGGUUUCACCAUCAGGAAUGUUCCAAUUAUUUACGAAUUUGUCCAUAUUCCUACUACAUGGUCUUCAGCUUUAAGAAACACUGCCCUUACUAUUAUCCUAAUACGAGCUGGGCUGGGACUAGACCCACAGGCUUUAAAGCAUAUGAAGGGAGUCUGUUUGAGAUUGUCAUUCGGUCCGUGCCUCAUUGAGGCGUGCUCAGCUGCUUUUUUCUCCCACUUCAUUAUGAACUUUCCUUGGCAGUGGGGGUUCCUAUUAGGUUUUGUCCUAGGCGCUGUCUCUCCUGCUGUUGUUGUUCCCUCCAUGCUGUUGUUGCAAGAAAAUGGAUAUGGUAUUGAAAAAGGCAUUCCAACCUUGCUGGUGGCUGCUAGCAGUAUGGAUGAUGUUGCAGCCAUCACUGGAUUCAACACAUUCUUGAGCAUAGUCUUUUCCUCGGGUAGUGUGAUGAGCAAUGUCCUGUCGUCCUUGCGGGAUGUUCUUAUUGGUGUGCUAGUAGGAAUUGUUAUGGGAAUUUUUGUUCAGUAUUUUCCAAGUGGAGACCAGGAGAAGCUCAUACAGAGGCGAGCCUUCCUUGUUCUGAGUAUGUGUAUUUCUGCUGUCUUAGGCUGUCAGCACAUCGGCUUACAUGGAGCUGGCGGACUGGUCACACUGGUGAUGUCGUUCAUGGCAGCAAAAAAAUGGGCCAAAGAGAAGGUUGGAAUCCAAAAAAUUGUUGCAAACACAUGGAAUGUUUUUCAGCCACUUCUUUUUGGCUUAGUUGGAACAGAAGUAUCUGUUGAGUCUCUUGAAUCAAAAGCUAUUGGCACGUGUAUUGCUACCUUGGGUUUGGCAUUAUCUGUUCGAAUUUUAGCCACUUUUACACUGAUGUCUUAUGCUAACUUUCGUUUUAAGGAGAAAGUAUUUAUUGCUUUAUCAUGGAUCCCCAAAGCUACAGUCCAGGCUGUCUUAGGUCCUCUGGCUCUAGAAACAGCAAGGGUCAUGGCACCCCACUUGGAAGGAUAUUCGAAGGAUGUGAUGACAGUAGCCUUUCUAGCCAUCCUUAUCACAGCUCCAAAUGGAGCUCUCCUCAUUGGCAUACUGGGUCCCAAAAUACUUCAACGUGCUGAUAUGACAGGCCCUUUAGAAGUGGCAAUAACAUCAGAUUUUCAACAUAAUUAA